UUGAAACGUCUGAACAGUUUACACAUAGAUAACCAAAUCUCUAUGAAUGACACGUUGGCUGCUGCGUGAAGCAACGUAGCUUCAGAUAUUUUGAAAUGAUUCAGUUUAUUGCAAUAUAGUUUUCAGUACUUUUUUAGUACGUUCAAAUAUUUAUUUUAUGAAAUUUAAUUUUCUUUGUUCAUUCUAUGCAUUUUUACUUAAGAUACAAUUACCUUGAUCAAAAUGAGAAUUGUGCAGCUAAGAAGAAAUCGCUUUUUUAGUAUUAUUAUUUCAAGUGUAUUAUUUUUUUUUAUAUUAUACCUUCUUAUCAAUAUCUUCUCUGAUAAACCAAUAAAUAAUUUUUGGUCAGAGAGUUUAAAAAGUAAAGAGGUUCCAGUUUUGACCAAAACUCUUGGAAAUUUUGAACCAAAAAAUGUACAGACAAAAAGUGGACCUGGAGAAGGAGGCAAACCUCAUAUUUUAAGAGAUGAUCAGCAAAAUGAUAUUCAGCAAUCAGAGUCUGAAUAUGGUAUGAAUAUAGUAUGUUCUGAUGAAAUUUCUUUGGACAGAUCAAUCCCUGAUACAAGAAUGCCAGAAUGUAAAAAUUGGGAUUAUCCAGAGGUACUUCCUCGUGUCAGUGUAAUAAUAGUAUUUCAUAAUGAAGGUUGGUCUGUAUUAAUGAGAACUGUACACAGUGUCAUAAAUCGUACACCUCCUCAAUUCCUGGAAGAAAUUUUGCUUGUAGAUGAUUAUUCGGAUAAAGAUAAUUUAAAGGGGGAUUUGGAAUCUUACAUAGAACAAUGGAAGGGUAAAGUAAAGUUAAUAAGGAAUUAUGAAAGACAAGGUUUAAUAAGAACGAGAACACGUGGUGCACAAGAAGCUACGGGUGAAGUUAUAGUCUUUUUGGAUGCUCACUGUGAAGUUAAUGUUAAUUGGUUACCACCUCUAUUAGCUCCAAUUGCUGCUGAUAGGACUGUGAUGACAGUUCCCAUAAUAGAUGGUAUUGAUCAUAAAACAUUUGAGUAUCGGCCUGUGUAUCAAGAAGGACACUUAUACAGAGGGAUUUUUGAAUGGGGAAUGUUAUAUAAGGAAAACGAACUUCCAGUGAGAGAACAAAAAGAACGACCUUACAAUAGCAUGCCCUACAAGUCUCCUACUCAUGCUGGCGGUCUGUUUGCAAUAAAUCGUAAAUAUUUCUUGUCAUUGGGUGGAUACGAUGAAGGAUUACUUGUAUGGGGUGGAGAGAAUUUUGAAUUGUCAUUUAAAAUAUGGCAAUGUGGUGGUAGCAUUCUUUGGGUUCCAUGCUCUCAUGUUGGUCAUGUAUAUAGAGGAUUUAUGCCAUACACAUUUGGCAAAUUGGCUCAAAAAAAGAAAGGACCACUCAUAACUAUAAACUACAAAAGAGUUAUUGAGACUUGGUUUGAUGACAAAUACAAACAAUUCUUUUAUACAAGAGAACCUCUUGCACUGUUGCUUGAUCAUGGAGAUAUAUCUGAACAAUUGGCUUUUAAAAAGAGAAAUAGAUGUAAAAGUUUUCAGUGGUAUAUGGAGAAUGUAGCUUAUGAUGUUUUUGAUAAAUUUCCUGAAUUGCCACCCAACAUUCAUUGGGGAGAGUUACGAAACGUAGCAACUGCAACAUGUUUAGACACAAUGGGUCAUUCGCCACCCAGUCUAAUGGGUACAUCUCAUUGUCAUGGAUUUGGUAAUAAUCAGUUAGUUAGAUUAAAUACAAAAGGUCAAUUAGGAAUAGGAGAACGGUGCGUGUCUGCAGAUGGACAAGGAGUAAAAUUCGUGUUCUGCCGACUAGGAACUGUGGACGGUCCAUGGCAAUAUGAUGAAAAAACGAAAACACUUUUACACAGAGUACACAAAAAGUGUAUGGCACUUCAUCCCCAAACACAACAAUUAUCUCUAAUGCCAUGUGACAUCAAUAAUGCGUAUCAACAAUGGUCUUUCCACCAAGUUCAUCCACGAUGGUGAAGAAACGUAAGUACUAGGGCUGUUUCCAUAUAAGGUGCUUCACGCCAAACUGAAUACUUUAAAGUGAAAAUCGACACAUUAAUUACUUUCAUUUUACACUACAAAUUAUAACUGAGAUGCUAUUUUUGUCUUUUCCCUUAUUGGAAAGAUUUAAAUGCCUAAGUAAGAUCGAAAAUGCAAUACAUUUUUAAUUCAUACUGGUUACGAUAAAAUACCGGUGCUGUACAACUUUAACAAUGUUGACUUAAAGACUUACGACUGUAUUGAUAAAUGAAAGUGUUCAAAAUAAUAUACACAAAAAAAUACACAAAGAGAAAAUGAAUUUUUUUUAUACUAAAUAUAGAUCUUGCUCGAGAUCUUUUUCCAUGUUUUGCUGUGAUGUUGAAUACUCGUUACGUAAUGUGAUUUGUUUGAUACUAACAUUGAAGACUCGACUUUACUCUUCUUCAACUCUUUCACAGUCUAAUAUGAGAAAAAUUAAUUUCCAAUCGCAACUUCUCUAGACCCAACAUAUGAUAGUACUGAAAACAUUUCACCGUUGAUUUAUUGUUACCAUUAUUAUGAUCACUGUCUAUUUUGAAAAUAAAGCGACUAUUUCUUAUAAAGAAACUCACGAGAAAUAACUGACGUAUGUUCUACAUAAUUAAUUUGAGAAGCAAAACUCAUGAUGAUUGUAGACUCCUUUAAACAUUUUAGAAGACAUAAUAAUGUGAGGCAGUAGCAAAAUAAUGUAAUAUUUACAUUUCGGUUGUUCGUGUGCAAAUUGUUUAUAAACUCCUUUAUUAGCCAUAAAGGUGCUAUAUCUGAAAAAAUAAACAAUUUCACAGAAAUUGUUACGCCGUUUGCCAUGCAAAACUGUGAAAGGGUUAAUUGAUUUUCAAUUUAAAGCAACUGAGGUUGUCAAUCAUCUUACAUUCAAAACAAUAAAAUAAGACUGUUUUCGUAUAAGAGAAUUAAUUUGAAUGCACAUGUUUAACUCAUUUUUGGAGUGCAUUGUACUUACAAUAGCGAUACAACGUGAGAAUGUGUGCUUCCAUAUUAUACUAAUUCUCAUCAAGAGAGCAUGUUAGUGAUGUAGAUUUUAUAAUUUUUUUUUUAAUUAUUUGAUACA